CGCUUGCGUCAUCCCAUGCUCCUCUGCGUGGUAACGGUCAAACAGGAGCCGUGCUCUGGCCCCCCGGGGGGAAAACAGUGUUUUUCGUGGAGUUGGGGUCCCGAAGCUUUGUGCGUGGGCAGUCUUGGACCUGGCCACACUGAGAUAAGGGAGCCUCCUCAGGUGGUAUUGAUGCCGAAUGUGACUUUUUAGCGAAUUAAAAUGGCUGUGCCCCAAAACGCCAUCCCUUCCUUGUCGGAAUGCCAGUGCCUCAUCUGUGUGGAAAUCUUAAUCGAGCCCGUAACGUUGCCUUGUAACCACACACUCUGUAAUCAAUGUUUCCAGUCAACUAUCGAAAAGGCAAGUUUAUGCUCCUGUCGCCGCUGGAUCUCUUCGUGGACCCGGUACCAUGCCCGAAGAAAUUCUCUUGUCAACACGGAACUGUGGCAGAUAAUCCAAAAACACUAUCCAGAAGAAUGCAGGCUUAAUGGGCAGAAAUCAGAGGAGAUGGUUGAUGAGUUUAAGCCAGUUCACUUAUUAAGUAAGCCCGGGGAAUUGAGAAAAGAAUAUGAAGAGGAGGUAAGCAAGAUGGAGGCAGAGCGACGAGCCAUUGAAGAAAAUGAAGAAAAAAUGAGUAAAGAAUACAUACAGAGAUUAUUGGCAGAAGAAGAAGAGGAGGAAGCACGACAGUCACGAAAAAGGCAAAGAGAGCUGGAGGAACAACUGAAAAGUGAUGAAGAACUAGCAAGAAAGCUAAGCUUUAAUCUUAAUUACUGUGACAGAAAGGACUUGGCUUCUCCUUUGAAUUCCACAAAACCUGGUACGGUCACAGCCAAGUCUCCAAAGAAAAGUAAGAAGAGAAACACCAACACUGGAGAUAUUCAGACAUACUUCUCACCGAAAUUUCAGUUUGGGUCAACAUCACAGCCUGAAGUUGCCCAAGAAAGCAGGAAUAUCUCCAUGUCCAAGGAAACUGACACUACUGUGGUAAAAAGCCCUGUGUGGCAAGAUACAGUAAUUAAAGAAGAUAUGCCAACAGUUUUUCCACAACUAUCCAUGGACAUUCAAGAACAGGCUGCACAGUCUUCAGUAGAGUCACCUGUACCUCAGUUGCAUGACAACGGUAGAGAAUGGUGCCUUCAACAAAAAAUUAAAAUGACACGAAGCAAUCGUGAUAAAGAGCUACGUGUCCUAAAUAACAAGGGACCUGAAGCCAGAGUUCCCUGCUUUGGAGAAACAGAGAGUGCAUGCACUGUAUCAGGUAUGACACAGAUAAUUGAAAGUAACAAAGUUGACACAGAAGAUGAAGACGAUUGCAUACUGAUCAGUGAAGAUAUUUCCAAAGGAAAAAACCAGGAAUCUUCGUUUGAAGCAGUCAUGGAUCCAUGCAUUUCUGCAAAAAGAAAGAAAAUGUUCCCCAAAGCUUCCUCAGCUCCAGAGGAAACAGAAAUCAACGUUACCGAGAAUGUCAUAGAUUUGGAAUGCUUGCCUUCUGAGAGAAAUAAACAGGAAGAGCAGGACUGGUUUUUUGCAUAUCAGCUUCAGCAAGAAAUAGACAAAGAACAAAUGAAACCCAACCAGCAAAAAGGGUCCCCAGAUGAAUAUCAGCUACGUCCUGUAUCUUCACGUCCAGACAAAUUGCGAAGUGGGCAGAGGAAGUAUUCCAAAGACCAGAACUUCAAAAAACAGACUGAUAGAGAGCAUUUAAAAUCUCGGAGAGGCUCAGAAAAUGAAAACUGACAGCCAUCUCUUAAGAUCCAGUUGAAAGAUUCAGUUAAUGUUAACAGGAGAAAGAUACCAAAUCCUUCUACAGAUAAUUGUAAUGUAUCUAAAAGGGCUCAUUCCCUACCAUCUAGUAAGUCACAGACAAGUAUUUUUCAGAUGUUUCAGAGGUAUGGAAAGUAAUGUGUGAGUAAAGGGAGUCUUUUGUAAUCUAGUAAAGCUGGAUUGUGAUGA